AUGUUUUUUUUUGGUACAUAUUUUUUAUUUUUAUAUAUUUUAAUUUUAUAUUUCAGUAUUCCAAUAUUCUCAAAUAAAAUAAAUAGAACUUACAAUGAUAAAAUAUAUUUCAAUUUUAUAAACAAUUUUUAUAAAUAUAAAUUAAAUAGAAGCAAAAAAUUAAAUGUAUUGAUUAGUUCACCGGCUCAAAUAAAAUUAUCAGAAAUAGAAGAUAAUAGAGAUAGAAGUGGAAAAUAUUGUGUAAUUGAAAUAUGCGGAAAAAUAAGAUGGGUUGAAGAGGGUAGAUAUUAUGAUUUUUUUAGAAUAAAACAAGAAGAAAACAAAAAAAUAUAUUUAAACAGAGUAUUUUUUUAUAAUAAUGAAGAAGGUAAAUUAUUUUUUGGUAAUCCUUUUCUAGAUAACGUGAGAAUUAAAGCUACAAUAGUAAAUCAUUUUAGAGGAAAAAAAAUAUAUAGAUUAAAAUUUAAACGAAAAAAAAAUUAUAAGAAAUUUUAUGGUUUUAGGCAAGAAAUGACAAGAAUUCUUAUAAAUAAAAUUGAAUGUAAUAAUGAGUUGAUUGGAGAAGGAUCAAGGAAAUUUAAUUUUUUCAAAGAUGAUUCUAUAUAUUAUAUACUGAAUCGUAUUCAUAAUAUAGUUAAACCUAGUUCUGAAUUAAAAUACUUAAAAAGACAUUUUAUAGAUUAUUUAAAUUCAUUUUGCUCAUUAAAAUUCGAAACAUUUUAUAAACAUAGAGGAAAUUAUAAAAAGGAAAAAAUGCUUAAAAAUAUAUUAAAAACGAAAAAAUUAAGUAAAAGACCAGAGGUAAUUGAAGAAGUUAAAAAAAUUGAAGAAGAAAAAAGAAAUAAACGUUUAAAUAAGAUUGACCCUUUAGAAGAUUUUGAUCCUGUUGCUAAUGAAUCUAUGAUAAAAGAAAAUUUUUACGUGUAA